UAGAGACAGAACUUCGUCUAGACGCAAGAGGAUCUUUCAGCCAAGUUCUUCUAAGCUUCUAAGCGAGUAUAGCACUAGUGCUGUAUCCAGAUAAGUAAAUCGUCAUGCUGGAGCUGGAUGAGCCAUUCACCUCUGACGAAACUGAAGAAGAACAGGAAAAUGUUUCAUGUCAUGAAGAAGAGGCUUCAGAUAAUUUCCCACCAGCUCUUCUAAGCUACUUUGAAACAUCAAAAACUAGAGCGGCAGUUUGUGAGAAACUUAUCCUUGAGGAACUUGAAGACUUCACACCAUCAGAUUCCACUGAUAAUAUGAUGAGGCUAUCAAAUGAAGUCAGCAAAGAUAUGGUGAAAGUGAAUGAACAGGUGGGUGGUGAAACAGAAAAUGAGGGAAAAAAGGCUGAUGGGUCCCUUCUUCAAACACGAAUAGUGACACAAAAUCCUUUGACUCACAAUAUGUCCAUGUGGCCUAAUAAUGAAGAUGGAGCUGGAACAGAUCGAUGUUGGGAGACUGAGAAAUAUUUGGCCCGGGACUUUAGCAAACAUGACAUAGCACCAGAGAAACACUGUGAUGAGGAGAUGCAUAAAAACGAGGAAAGGCAAAAAAGAGAAAUUAACUUCCAGGAGGAGCUGAGGAAGAUAAUGGAGGCAGAGAAACUGCAUGAAAAGGAACUGGAAUUGAUGGCGAAAAGAGCCCAGGAAAAACUUGAGCAGGAGAUGCUGCUUCAGCAGGAACUGAUUGGUAACUUACAAAAACAAGUGGAGCAAGAGAGGAGGAUGAUUGAGGAAGAGCAGAGAAAGAAAAACAAAGAGAAGAAAAGGAAAAAGGAAGAAGAGAAAAGGAAAAAUGAAGACAUACAUAAAGAAGAAAAGAAGCAAAAGGAGCUGUGGGAAAGGGAGGAGGUAAAGAAGAAAAUGGAAGAAGAAGAGAUUAGAAAGAAAGAGGAAGAGAGAAAAAUUGAAGAAAUCAAGGAUGAGGAGAGGAGAAGAGAGAUACAAGAGGUGGAGGAGAUAAAGCAAAAGCAGAAGGAGAGAAAGAAAAACAGGAAAAGUGAGGACGAGGAAACAAGAAUAAUGGAUGUCAAAAACAAUGUGACAGAGGUUUCUGGAAGGAAGAUGACUGAAGAUCAAAAGACAAAAAAUAAAGAAAUAAGAAGUAUUAAGGAAGAAAAGAGAAUAGAUAACGGAGGUGAGGAAGAGACGACAAGAAAGGAAAUUGUAAGAAAAACUACAGAGCAUAAAAUGGAAAGAAAUGAGGUAGAGCAAAGAGAAAAGCCCGAGAUGAAGAAAAAGCUGUUGAAUGAAGACAUCAGGGGAAAAGAUGAGAAUAAAAGAAUAGAUGACAAAAUGCAACUCACGGAAAGUGAGGAAAAGAAAAAGAACGAUGAGGAGAGUUUGGAAAAUCAAGAUAUGAUGAGGAAGGAGGAAAAGACUAAAACAAACAAAGAAGAGCUGAUUACAAUGAGAAUGGAAGAAAUGAAACAGAAUGAAGAACAAGAACACAGAAACACAGAUGAAGUAAUAAAACUCAAGCCAGAGAUUUGUGAGAAUAAAGACCAGAACACAAAAAUGGAACAUGAGAGGAAAAAAGAUAAAGAAAAGAAGCAAGAAGAGUUGCAGAAACACCAAGAGGGGCUUAGUAUAGGAAAAAAGAAGGAUGGGACGGGAAACAAGGAAGAUGCAAAGGAUUAUGGAAAUGAGGUGAAGGAAAACAUACAAGCAGAAGAAAGGAAAGUAGAAGAAGAGUUGAAAGAACGAGUCAUAAGUAAGAAUGAGCUGCGAGACAAGGAAAGAGAAAAUAGCAGCAUGCAAUCUCAGAAUACUGGCAGGAUCUCACACCCAGGAGGCAACACCACGCGGACCUCAAGUGCUAAUUCACUGCAGAGUGAAUCUACAGCUGACCCCGUCAGCUCUGAAACUGCAAAACAACAGAACCUAAACAAGAACAUCAGUCAGAUCCCUGUGUAUAAAACCAGUAACCGGCAAGAUCCUGCAAAGCCUGGCACUUCUUCUUGCUUUUUGCCUGCAGGCCUUCCAGAGCACACAGAGCAGAAGAGGCUGUUGUGGAUGAAGGAAUGCAUCCGUUGGUCUAAUCGGUCCUGCCAGAACAGGAGGAAGCAGAAAGGAUCAGUCCGGAGUAGGACAGGGCCAAGGAGGGUGGCAGAGGGUAGCAGUCUGCCCCCUCUGUGCCCACACACUCUGCUUCAGUCCACAGGAUGGAGAUCCCUGCAGGAGGUUACCAGCGUGACCUUGGAGGACUUACCUGGCUGUAGCCUUUUUACCCUUGCCCAGUGUACUCAACUUCAGUCGCUCACCCUCAGACGCUGUGGACUGAAAUCAUUGGAAGGUAUCAACCACUUACAAGAGCUCUGGUACAUUGACCUACAGGAAAAUGACAUCUCAUUUGUGGAUUGUGAAAACAUGAGCAGCUUACGAGUUCUUCAACUUGCCCACAACAAGCUGACUUCCAUCCAUGGUUUAAAUGGUGCUGAGAAUUUGGAUAUUCUUGAUCUCUCGCAUAACUCCAUCACCCGUAUUGCUGGUCUGGAGUCUGUAAGGAGGCUACAGAGGUUGUCAGUGAACCACAACCAGCUGAUCAACACCAAAGGGAUGAGAGAUGUAUAUACACUGCUCCACCUGGAUUGCUCUCACAACCACCUGGCCAACGUGGAGGGUCUGGAGAACAGUGCUCUGCUUCACACACUGGAUCUAAGAGGAAACGGCCUUACUGAGCCCCCGAGUCUGAACAACCAGGUCCUCCUCAGAGAGCUAUAUCUGGAUGACAACAGCGUCUCCUCCCUUCACAGCCUCGCUGCCUGCUGGCUUCCUCUAAUGCAGCACCUCUCUGCAGCUCAAAACGGAAUUACUCAGCUGCCCUCCAUGUCUAAUUUUGUGUCCCUUGAAAAUCUGGAUCUUAGAUACAACUGCCUGUCAGACCUGCAGAAUGUGUGUGAAAAUCUUGAGGGAUGUCAGUUCCUGCGUGAAAUCCACCUCACAGGGAAUCCUCUUCAGCAGGAGAGUGGCUGGAGAUCCACACUACAGAAAUCAGUGCCUGGCCUUAGAGUCAUUGAUAGCCAGGAGACAGAUUCCUUUUUCUUGCCUCCAGCUGUUCAGCAGGUCAGCUCGGCCUCAGACUGCUUCCUAACUUUCUGCCAGGCUCAGCUUCAGCAGACUCAGAAUUUACAGCAGCAUCACAGCAGGGAGCACAGCAGACUUGCAUUUCCCUUUAAUGAUGUGCAAAGCUUCUGCCGGCACUUCAGUAUGACUCUGAAGCUGGCUGAGGACCAGAGAUUUGCCCAUGAAUAUGGUGAGACCACUGUGUCUGAUGAACACUGGGCUGCAAGUCAAACAGCGCCUGAGAAAACACUGGAUAGUGUCACUGGUGAAGAGCUUAUGGAUUGCCGAGAUAUAGAGUCCACUAACAAAUUACCACCAGUCUUUCCAAAUAGAGACAUCAUGAGAUGCAGCUAUUGGAAUUUUGAUGAGACUCCAGCUACAGAGAGUCACUAUGACACAUUUGGCCCAAAACAGGGUCCAGCGACCUUCUUCAGUGAUGAAAAAGCAUCUGUCUCCAGCCAUCAAGACUUAAACCUCAAAAACACAGCAGCAGUUGUGAUUCAGCAAUGUUGGAGGAAAUACAAGCAGAUAUGUGGGAACAUUAAUGCUCCCCCCAUCACAGAGAAAGGAGGAGAAAGAGGAGGAGAUGGAGGAAAGCCAGAGUCAAGACUUUUCUAUAUUAAUAGGAGCACUGCUGGCAAACACUGUGCGGCAACUGUCAUCCAGGCAUUCUGGAGGGGCUACUCUCUGAGGAGGAGGCUCACAUCUGCUCUUGCUGCUGUGACAUGCCCCAGUGUUGGAGAGGAUGACACCUUUGAGGAGGUGGACAUAGAUGAAUUUGUCUUUGAUGAGGCAGCUUUGGAGGAACACUGCACACUGAUGCUUUCUCAGGACUCGUCUACCAGACACCAACUUGUGUCAGAGCAGCAAUUAUCUACGAAGCCUCCUGGGCCCUGUCUUGAUCCCUCCCAGGACAUACUCCCCCUACCAAAGCACGCCUGGAUGGCUGGGGAACAUGUGGACGGUUCUAACAGAAACACAUCUCCUACUUCCACCUCAGCGCUUAGUGGUCUCUCUGAAAGAUCAGAAAAGAUUCUAGAAGAAUGGGGCUUUACUGACAGCCACACAGCACUUCUGCUGCUGAGGAGAGCUCGGAAGAUGAAGUCAAAGAGACAACUGCAAAAGAAGCAAAGGGAUCCCUCCGUCCGACUUGACUUGUUCAGAAAUUGUAAUUACCAGCUUGGUCCAGCGGAGGCACAAAACACAACAGCACGAUACAACAGAAAUUAUGCAAAAGCUGGUGGGGCUAAGACGGGCCAUCAGCAGGCAGAGAGGACAGAGCAAGUUAAACAAGAUCAAACUCAGCAGUGGCUCCAUACCCAGGCCACUCAUGGGCAUUCAGACAGUGAUCAUUUCUUACCGGACAUAAACUCAUCCAUUCUGAACGGAGGCAGAGUGCAGCUCGUAGCUAACCCAGCAUAUGCAGAUUGUCUAAAUCACACCAGUGGACUGUGGACGAACAGCAAUUUGGUUGGCCAGGGUUGCAAAGUGAACAGUUAUACCCGUAGAACCUCCUCCAGUCAUGCAAGAAAAGAAGUCCCAUCUCCCGCGCGAGUCACGUCUGCCCCGUCAAAAAAGGAGCGUAUCUCCUUCCGUGACAACCCGGUUCAGCUGAGCGGUGGCUGGGGAGGAGGCAAGAAAAGGGACAGAGUGCGCAAGUAAAAACACAAAGCCUCCUUCCAGAGGUCACCACUUUUCCUGCCCUUGCUCUGCAGCCUCUAAUAGAUGCAGUUGCAGCUUUCUUAUAUGUACUUCGAUGCAUUUCGCGUCAAAAGAUUAUUAAAAUAUGCGUUGGAAGAGCUCACGUGGAUACUUUAGAAAAUUUUUAGCUAUUAAAAUUCGAUGUGAUUUUCCUUUGCCGGUCAGCUUGAUUUUUAAUGCUGUUUUAUUGCCUGCACUAAGAUGGAAAAGCAGAUGAAAACUCAAGACUCCCUUUUCUGUAAAUUAAUUAAGGCCAACAGGACUCAGACCAGCCCAAAUAUCUGCAGGCGGUUCUAUUAUGUUCAUUCAAGUAUCAAAUGCUGUGUUCUCAAGUAUCAUUGCCCAAACCUCACUGCAUCCAACUAGCACCAAAACACAUGGAACAAAGUCACAAAUGUUGAGUGGAUGACAUGCUUCAUAUGCAAAUGAUGGCAGGAAAUAAGAACCAGGACUUUUAAUGCCUGUUUCUUAGGAUGCUGUCAUUUUGCCUCCAUGCAGAUUUUAAAUACAGAUUGUAGCUAUGAGAUCAGUCUUACCCUUUUCCAAUUUUCUGUUGCUUUCUCAGAGCAGACUUUAUGAAAGUGCAGAAUUUUAGUUUGACUGCCCUGUAUUUGCGUUUAACACUUGCUAACCAAAAGUGCACGUGAAAUGACUGCAUUUAUGUUCUCAGCAUAAACGUUGGUGUUAGAUUUGCAACACUGUUUUCUUUAUCUUCUGCUGUGGAUCGUAAUGGCCUUUUCUGUGUAUUUGAAUUUGGAGAGCCAAGGCGUCCGUCCACAAACACAAGCCCUACUGAAGGCAGUGAACAUCAGGCUUGAAGGUUCCUUGCUGAAAAUGAUAAGUUAAUGAAUGUCAAAACAAAUAGUCAGAGUUGCAGAGUGGCUCCCUGGAAGGAAAUGCAUGUCGGCCUGUUUAUUUUCCUUCUGUCUUUCACUUAAGCAUGGCUUGAGGCUGUGUUUUGACUGUACACGAUCUGAUGGGGAUUUUUGUCUUGGAGAGUGGCGCAUGCCAGAGAUGUGGUGGUCCUGCCCACUUGGGGGCUGUUGUGAAACUGGAGAGCACUGUUCUCCUGCAGCGGGGAGACUGAUUCUUCUAGUUGCUUUUUUGUAGACUGUGAUCAUACCAGUACUGCAUACUGCAUAUGCUUUACAGACAGGUGUGCGUGGCCUAUCUGUGCCUAUGUCUUGUCACUAGUAUUACUUGACACAAGUUCAGAUUUGCCAUUAGAGCUGUUUUCUGCAGCUUCCUAUUCUGAAGGGAUGUUGUUAAGCUGUAAUCUACCACUUUUCAUUUCAUUUGUUUACGUUUGGAUUAUGGGUAAAUUAUAUGUAACCUAAGAGAUCCAAAACCCAUUGCCUUGUAAAAUGAGAGCUCCACUGCACAUUUAGAUAAGACCAAGAAUGUCCCUCUCAGCCUCGUCUGCCAUGUCAAUGGGACUCUGCAUCCAGAUCUCUCCAAGUGCUCUCUUUAAAUGCAUUGAAGUCCAUAAAACCACAUUUCCAUGUUUUCACUACAAUUUGCAAAUUUUGCACAUUUUUGCUGAACAUUUUUGAAGUACGCUGUGGAGUUAUAACCAAUUCCUGGCAGCUUUUAGGUUCCUAUGCAUUUCUGAAUAUUUGAAAAUGAAUUAACAGACACGUGAAAUGUUAACUUUGGCCAGUGGUUUCAAUUUAAAGAAAGCAGUGGCUAUCUGGAAAGAUUUCUCAAGAACACUGGUGUACUUGCAGAAUAAUUCACUGUGAUGUUAAAAUAGUUAAAACAUGAGAAACACACAGGCCUUUAAAUGUGUAGGAGGUUUUUGGUGGUCCAACUAAUGCAAAUAAAGAAAGCUGUGGUGAGGUAAUGCAGGAUAAGGGUGUGGCGUGACCUUGACAUCAAAUUUCUGUGUUGCAAGAAAAUAAUAUAUAUUCUGAAGUGAUUACAUUUUUUUUAGUCAAUAUUAAAUCUUAAAGAGUUUGAAUUGUAUGUACAUUCUUUAAAAGGGACCUUAAUUUUGCAGAGAUAUAUUGCGCUACUUAAAAAUGCUUUAGAAUGUAAAACCCUUAUUGAUAAAAAUGACAGAGGAGUUGGAUUCUAUUUAUUUCUACUUUAUUAGUAACUCUGUCAGAGUAAGAACAUAUUGUGCAAGCUGCCCUCUAAAAAGGAAAAUGGAAAUGUUUUCAUUAUCAAAUGUAUCAUUAAAUGAACGU